UGAGUUGUUGGGUGGGUGCUGCAGGUCGUCCAACACUAGGACGGAAUGUUAAAUCUGCGGAAUGUUCACAAAGCUCUCCGGAAAACGUCCCAGUAUUCGUUUUAUACAAUUACGUACACGCGUUAAAAAGCAACAGAAAUGGACAAUACAGAGGAAGACUUGAUCCGCCCCAUAUUUAAGAACGGCGGGUACCAGAACCCUUUUGACACCUAUGAAGACACCUUAGGACAGGGACCAUUAAUGCUGAAACUCACGAGAAGUGAAGAUCACAGCAACAUUCCGAAUCAAAGGGAAUUGGACAAGACUCUCCCCGUAGAGACUCCCGAUUUCCAGAAACUAAAAAACCCGCCGGAAUCAGACAUCCAAAUCAUGUGGAUAGGCCAUGCCAGCGUUUUAGUACAGAUGGACGGACUCACAAUUCUAGCGGACCCAAUGUUUAGUGACAGGUGUUUCCCCGUGCAGUUUCUAGGACCAAAACGAUAUCGCCCCCCACCCUGCAAAAUUAAAGACUUGCCCCACCUAGACGCAAUAAUCAUUAGCCACAAUCACUACGAUCAUCUAGAUCCCGGAAGCGUGAAGAGCCUCAAUUCCAAAUAUGACGACAAGAUCACGUGGUUCGUUGCUUCGGGAACGAAGGAAUGGAUGAUCAACGCAGGUUGUAAAAAUGUGGUGGAGCUGUCGUGGUGGGAGGAGGCAGAAUUCCCCGGGAGACCCGAUUUUAAAUUCGCUAGUGUGCCAUGCCAACAUCGUUGCGAACGAACCUUGUGGGAUUCAAUGAAGGCGCUGUGGUGUAGCUGGAUUGUUAAAGGACCUCGACACAGCUUCUACUUCGCCGGAGACACUGGUUACUGCAGUGGGUUUAAACAGAUUGGCAGAAAAUAUGGUCCAAUCGACUUUGCCGCAAUUCCCAUUGGCGCAUAUUAUCCAAGCUUGUUUAUGAGGUCUAUGCACGUUGACCCGGAAGAAGCAGUGAAGGUAUAUGAGGAUGUCAAAGCGAGGUACGCCCUGGGAAUCCACUGGGGAACCUUUAAACUGACACAGGAGUUUUACCUGGAGCCCCCAGUCAAGCUUGGAGAAGAGCUGGAUAAAAAGAAAAUCGACAGAGAGAAAUUUUUCACACUCCGUCACGGUCAGGUGCACACGAUCGGACAACACAUCCCAUCUUGACAACGGUGACGUCACGCUGCUAACGUAAACACAGGGUUUAUAAAUGAUAGAGUACUACCUCUUUGGAUAUUAACAUUAUUAAGUUUGUUUUAACACGGUAGACUAAGUAAAAAGCAUUUUUAUAUCUAUAUCCAGAUUUGCUUUAGAAAUCUAAGGCUAUGUCCUUAAAAUCAGACGGAUUGAUUGAUCAAUAGAUCGAUCAAACGAUUGUUACCUUCAAUUCCACGAUUGGAUUAUUCAUUGAUCUAUUUAUUGGAUGGUACAUAUCAUUGGUGCUCCGCUAAGACAUUUUAGAAUAAUUGAGUCAAUUUCGAUUAUGAUUCCAUACUUAUUACUGGUAUUUAAAACAGAGGAAUGUGAAUUGAAUCUGUUAAUAAUUUUAAAUACAAGUGUUGUAGUCUUUCAUUAUAGGUGUGUUUUGUCGUUGGUAAUGAGCACCGGACGUUUUCCGUAUUGAAACAAAUAUCUAACAUAUUUGACAUACUGUUUUAUUUUCUAAUUUUUUUUAGGUUUGCUACAUUUUGUACAUUUAAAAAAAAAAAAUCACCAUGACUUACGAGCAAAUGUUUAUAACCUCAAUUUUUUAAAGAUUCAUUUGUACAUACGAUGUCAUAUUUGUGAUCAAUUUACUAGUCGUCAGGUGAAAGAGUUAUGAACAAAUGAUGAAAAUGUUUUAUUCACAUUUACAAUUAAUUUUGUAAUGAAUUCACGAUACAAGUAAUUGCCAUGUCAUCAUACUUAGUAUGGAUUAAUAUUCGAUCGGAUUUAAAACAUGACUUAAAAUAUAACCAAAUGGAUUACUUUAAUUGUUUGCUGUUUUUAGCUCACCUGAGCUGAAAGCUCAAGUUAGCUUUUCUGAUCACAUUUUGUCCGUCGUCCGUACGUCCUUCUGUCUGUCUGUCUGUCUGUCUGUCCGUCUGUCCGUCCGUCUGUAAACUUUUUAUAUUUUGAACUGUUUCUCUAAAACCGCUUGGGCAAUUGCAACCAAAUUUGACACAAAGCAUUCUUAUAGGAAGGCAAAUAUAAAUUGCAAAAAUGAAAUACCACUCUUUAUUCAAAGCGGAGAAAACCACGAAACUGUAAAAAAAGGGGGGGGGUGCAAUUAAAAAAAAAAUCCUCUUCUCAAGAACUACUGAGUCAAAUACAAUGUAAUUUAGAAUAAAUAAUCCUUAUGGAAAGGAAAUAUAAUUUGCAAAAAUUAUGGGCCAAUUCUGUUUCAAAUCUGAGUAAUAAUAAAAGAAAGGCGUUUUUCAAACAGUUUAUAGCUUCGGGUUCGGUAUCCAUGAGUCUUGGUAAAAUUGGUAGGCAAAACCGGGCCGGGGCAAAACAAAAAUUGGCAGUUAUAAAUCUGCCAAUCUCAUUAAAAAAUUUAGUAUAAUUUACGGACCAGUAUAUUUGUGUUUGCUGUAAAUAUUGCUGCAAAAUAAUGCGUAAUUUGGAAUUGACGAUUGCCGAUCUACCCUGGCUUUAACUUUGCUCCAGCCCUGGUUUGCUUACCAAUUUUACCAAGACUCGUAUUCCAUACUUCAAGAACGAGGUUCUUUGUUCUAAUGACAUAAUGAUAAACGGGUCGAUCGAACAAUGAUGAAAUUGUUUGUUGUGCAACAGUUCGCGUACGAAGGGAAUAUUUGAAACUUGCAAAAUACAUUGGUGGCGAUUUUGUGAAGUUUAUUAAGGCUAAAUAUUUCAAUGCGUUGACAGUUUUCACAUUUGACGGUGGUGUUAGCUUGUUUUGAUUUUUGUUUCGUUUUCAUUAUUUUUUGCUUUGUAACCUGGGAACUAUCGCUUAUAUUUUGUGAUUUUUACGUAUCAAAUCAAACAGACUUCGGUAAAUUAGACAGUUAAAUGUUUACCAGCGAAAAUUAAGCAAAAUCUGAUGUAUUAGAGAAGUAAUAAAAUAUAAUUCAUUCUAUCGGUAAUUUGGUAUGAUCUUUUGCGUAAUGGGAGAUUAAUGCAAUAUGUUUUGUUGAGAUGCUCAGCAUUUUCUCGAAUUAAUUUGGUUUAAAUAGAGUUUAUAAUGCUCAGCAUUUUCUCGGCUUAUUCAGUUUAAAUAGAGCUUAAUAUCGCUGACGGAAAUAUGUAUGUAUAUACAUAGACAUGAUUCAUUUUGAAAUAUAAAUUGUGCUCUUUAUUUGUUAAAGUGCAUGUUUCUUAUGUUUAAUUGUUUACAUUUCUAUUUACUAACCAUAUUUGAGUUUCAAAUUAUAAGCAGGAUACAGAGACUUGCUCAUAAUUCUAUGUUUGUACACAGAUCUGAGACCAUAAUUUUUUUUCGAUUUUGAAUGCUGAAUAGGAGUUACCAAGUUCAAAAUCUUAAGCUGAAUGUAAUAAACUCAUGUUAACAAAAUAUGACUCAAAACUAGCAGAAUUGUAAGCUCUGUAUCUUGCUUAUAAUACUACGAGUAUCGCUGAAAUUUGGGUUGAUCGUUAGAAAUUUUACAUGAAUUAGAGUAUGUUAAAUACUUAUACAAAAAAAGGAUGAUAUGCUGUAUAUAUAACUACUCUCUGGGGCCUACUCUUCAUACAAUGAACAAUGUAAAAUCUACAACAAUUUUGAUAAUUUUUCAUGCAGGAGUAAAAAAAAAAAACGACGCCGUUAAAACAGUUUCAGUUCUUUGGUUUUUAUAACGAUAAAAAUAAUGGGUGGGCCUUGGUAAAUUAGAGUGAUUUGCCAGUUAAAACAGUAAUAUUGGUUUUAAUAGCUCUUUAAGGUGCCACGUGACAACAUUUUUCAUGCCAGUGUAUACAUCAAUCAAAUGUGGUUAUAAAAGUCACACGAGUUUACCUGAGGUAAACAACAGUCAUUUAAUUAAACAAAUUAAAUUUUUGAACGUUUUUAAUUUGAGGAAUUGAGUGCAUUGAAGUACAAUUGUCUCCUUCACAUCUAUAAAAAAAUUUUGUAAAAUAAAAAACAAUAACUAUGAUAAUAUAUUUUUUAAAGAAGCACAAUAACUAGUAAGUAGUUGAGGAGGAAAAUGUACCUAUAUGCUCUCAUAUAUUUUGAUCGUUUUAUAAAGUGAGGGGAGGGGGAGCAGAACGAAAAUAUAGGUAUUAGAAGUUAACAGUGUACCCCUAUCAAAUGUUUAGUUUUAUAUCUUGCGUAGGAUUUUCUUAUUCUGGGUAAAAUAGUAUUCCAUGAAGGUACAAUGGCAAAAAUAAGUGUAAAAUUCAAAUGUUUUACAAUAUUUAUUUUUUGUUAUUCUAUGGAAGGCAAUAUCUUUUGAACACCCAUUGUUGCUCAGGUAAGCGAUGUGGCCCCAUGGACCUCUUGUUUAAUUGUUAUUGUGCAGUGUUGUCAAUGUUGACAUUCUUUGAAAUUUGAUGGCAAUAGAAAAGAAAAAAGAAUAAAAAAGUGAAAUUGAUAUUGUAAAAGAUCAAAUAUAUGAUAUUGGAUGGAAACGUUUGAACUUGUUUAUGUUCUAACUAAAUAAAAAUAAAUAA